AUGUCAGAGCGAGGUCCAGAUCAAUGGUUUGAGGACAUCAAAAUUUGCAAAGCUCUUCCCGAGAAUGAUAUGAAGCAACUAUGCGAAAAAGUUAAAGAUCUUUUGAUGGAGGAGUCAAACAUUCAACCUGUCAGAUCUCCCGUUACUGUUUGUGGUGAUAUUCAUGGUCAAUUUCAUGACCUUCUUGAAUUGUUCAAAAUUGCAGGAGGCUUUCCUUCUCAAUCUGGCCUUAGCACCAAUUAUAUCUUCCUGGGGGAUUACGUUGAUAGAGGAUACUUCUCACUUGAAACGUUCACAUUGUUAAUGAUUCUCAAAGUCAAAUUUCCACAACAUAUAACUCUGGUGAGAGGUAAUCAUGAAUCGAGACAAAUAACGCAAGUGUAUGGAUUUUAUGAAGAAUGUUUGAAUAAAUACGGCUCAACAAUGGUGUGGAAAUACUGCUGUCAAGUGUUCGAUUUUCUUACUCUCAGUGCAAUAAUAGACGGCAAGAUUCUUUGUAUUCAUGGCGGCCUUUCCCCCGAAAUACGUAUGCUAGACCAAAUAAGAGUUCUAAGCAGGGCUCAGGAGGUGCCUCAUGAGGGAGGAUUUUGUGACAUUGUUUGGUCAGAUCCGGAUAAUGUGGAUACCUGGGCUAUUUCUCCAAGAGGGGCUGGAUGGUUGUUUGGGGCAAAGGUAGCCAGAGAAUUCAAUCAUAUCAAUAAUUUACAGUUGAUCGCGCGCGCUCACCAGCUAGUUAUGGAAGGAUUCAGAUAUCAUUUCCCUGACAAAGACGUGGUGACUGUCUGGUCUGCACCAAACUACUGCUAUCGAUGUGGCAAUGUUGCCAGUGUGAUGAAAGUGGAUGACAACUUGAACGUGAAUUUUCAGAUAUUUAGUGCCGUUCCCGAUGACACAUUGAAAAUCAAUCCAUCUAAGAACCAAAAAAAUGGGAACGAAUACUUCUUAUGA